AUGAGCACAUUAACCAGCAGCAUCUCGGACGGCAUCGCGACAUUAACAUUUAAUCGACCUAGGACACUGAAUGCAAUAACCAGAGAAGAUUACACUGCACUAGCCGAGAAGCUACGUGAGAUUGAUGCGCGAGAAGAUGUCGUAAUUACGCUUCUGCAAGGCAAAUGGUUCUGCUCCGGGACGGAUGUGAAAACACGAAACAACAACCAAGAGGAAAUGGUGACUAUAAGGGAGAAUUUCCUCGGGCGCGUUGCUCGACCAAAUACUGAUUGCAGCAGAGCACUGUAUACUCACAGUAAAAUCCUCGUUGCUGCUCUCAACGGGCCAGUUAUGGCAUUCCUGGGCCAUUUUGAUUUCAUUUAUUGUAUGCCGGACGUUUGGCUUUCAGUUCCGUUUUCAUUUGUCGGGAUUAUAUCUGAGGCAGGUUCAAGUGUCAGUUUUGUGAAUCGAAUGGGCUUGUCUAAGGCAAAUGAGGCCCUCAUUUUUGGAAAGAAGAUGGAAGCAGAUGAGCUCCUCGCUUGUGGAUUCGUGAAUAAAAUAUUCCCCAAGCAAAGCUUACUGCAGCAUUUGUUAGAGCAGUUAGAAGGUCUUGACCCAACUGCUGUACUCAAAAUCAAGGAGCUGAUACAGUACGGAAUAAACGAGAAGAACUCCAAGGAUGGGACAAACCUGCGUGAAAGUUAUGCACAAGCAGAACGCUUUGCAAGCGGGACACCUACACAACGGUUCCUACAGAUCGCUACUAAGCAAAUAAAGCAUAAGCUGUGA